UUCCUGGAAAUCUCUUGACGGACGUAUACUAAACUUGAUGAUUUAUUAUCUAGAAGUGAUUAUCCAUAUGUAUACAUAUAUGUACUUUGUCAAAUAACAAUUCCAAGUAAGAGUGAUUUACGCAGUCUAAGUCCAAUAAUAUAAAUCCCCUUUAUUUCUCCUCAAUAUCAACGAGUGAACUCAAUUAUCUAUACCCCAUUUCUGUCUCACUCACGCUCAUUGUCUAAGCUAAAACCCUCUACCUGAAAAAUGGCCUCUAUUCCACUCCUUCGACUUUCCGUCCCACUCCACCACCGUAGAUCCACCGCCCUCCUCCCCCCUCACCCCCUCAAAACCGCUUUUCAACCGGGUCGCCUCCCUCAACUACUGCUGAAACCCACCACCACCACCAAGACCAAGUGCUCCUACACUCCCACCCCGGCUCCGGACCGAUUAAUUUCCGCCGCUGCCUACUUCCUCCCCUUAUUCAACGGCCUCCAAUACGGUCGAUUCCUCUUCACCAAGUACCCAGUUCUGGCCACACCGUUCGAGCCCCUCCUCCCUCUCCUCUCUCUCUACCACUCCGUACCCUACGCCAGCUUUGUGACCUUCUUCGGGUUCUACCUGGGCAUCGUCAGAAACCCUAGUCUCAGCCGUUACGCGAGGUUCAACGCGCUGCAGGCUCUUGUCCUGGAUGUGUUGCUGGUGGUGCCGGUGUUGCUGCAGAGGAUAAUAACCCCAGGGCGAUCGGGCAUCGCGCUGAAGCUGACGGCUUGGGCUCAUUCUGGGCUGUUUGUGUUUGUGGUGGGGUGUUUUGUGUAUGGGCUGGUGGCCAGUGUUCUUGGCAAGACUCCCUAUCUGCCUCUUGUUGCAGAGGCCGCCGGCCGCCAAUUGGACUGACUUCUCCUCCUUUUCUUGGGCCUACAAAGGAUGCUGUUGGGUUUUUGUGAUGAGGAAAUUGUAAUAUUUGCAGAUUGCAAGGCUGUUUAUGAUGUUUGGUUUUUUGGGCUACAAAAGUCGAAAGUUAAUGAAUUCAAAGGCAAAAAUGUUUUGUUAAUGAGCAUCAAUUAAUAAAUGAUUUUGGUAUUAUUAAAUGCUUAAAUUGUAACUUUGUUAUGUCGCGUGAUAUUAUGCUAGUAUUCUUU